ACUAGCUGAGUGUUUUCUUUUCGUGAUUGUGUGCUCUCGAUUGCACAGGCAAGAAAGAAAAAAAGGAACGCAAUCCUGCAUCUAUUUGAUCCACUUCUCUUUUCCGAAGUUUUCCGUGCCCAAACGCCGCACCGAGAGUUUUUAUUGUAGUGCAACCAUACGCAUAAAAUUAGAACUUGUCGUUUCGUAUCCAGCUGCCAUCGGGUAUAUUGUGUGUGCAUGUUUUUUUCUUGUUGGUCUCUCCUAAGCUGGGCUUCCUUCGUAGUGCCGUGUGUCCGGUUCGUUUCCGGAAGGUUUUCACACACCCAGUGUGUGUGCAGUGAAGAAAGCACCGACAGUUGCUGAAACCAGAUUGACGAAAGCUGGCAGCAAACAAAUAACCGACGCUCACGGGGCUCAAGUGGGUGUGAAUCGUUUCCCUCCCCCCGCCCCCUGGUGUAUACAGCAGUGUGUGUUUUUUUCGUUUUUCGCGUGUGCACGAAUUUCAAAUUAUCGAAGAAAAUCGCUGCGACCAAACAGUAGAGCAGUAGGUAGUAGUUGGUGGUGUGUACGCGUGAGAGUUGUGUGUGCUAUCACGGCGGAUCGUGGGAAGAAAAGUAGUGCCGGAGUAGCACGGAGGAACAGGAACGAAGGAACAGGCGAGUGCAUGUAAGGGAGGGUUUGCAAAUGUAUUGACGACCCUCAUCUACAGCAAUCGGCCCAAUCGAUUUGAUGUGUGUUGGGUCAUAUUCGCCAGCGUAAAACGGAUCUUUGUGCGGUGGCGUGUGAGUCGUUCCCCGUUCGCGAAAAGUGCAGUUCCGAUCAAUGUAAAACGCGCUAGCAAGUGUUAUUCGGGCGGUUCGCGAGAAGUCAAGAAGACACUUAUCCAAGUGGCAUGCCGAAAAUGGACUAAGCUAGCUGCUGCAGCAGUAGGUGCACACUUUUUUCGCUGACAGUUUUGUUUUAUGUUUUCUCCAUAACUCCGCUACCGCAGCAUCAAUCAUAAUAGUUGGGGCAUUAGCAUUAGCACCACACCAAACACACAAAAGCUACCACACCGUAACCGUAAGCGCAGUGGAAGUGAAACGGUGGAAUCUCUCUCUCUUCAGGGAACAGGGGAGAAAGGAGAAGGUUCAAGAUGACACUGAACGAUGAGAAUGGGGCCAGCAGCAAUAAUGUUGUUGUCACGGCAGCAAGUGGAACGGGACUGUUGACGGCGGGAACCGGAUCAGAUCGACCGGGUACGGUUGGUGUGUCCGGGGCAGCGGGAGGCAACACAACCGGCACGAACACAAAUGGGGGCAACGGAGCGAACAGCAAUAAUAAUAACAACAACAACAACAACACCGGCAACGGCAACGGCAACAGUGGCAAUGGAAGCAGCGGCAUCACGCUGGCGACCACCGCCGUACCGAAUGGUGGUAGCAAUGCGAUUGGCAAUACAAUUAAUAAUAACAACCUAAAUUCUAAUAUCACCCCAGUGGCUACGACGGCAACGGCACUAAGCAACAAUAGCAUUAGUAUUAACAACGGCAACGGACAGAAUGGCAAGCAGCCGGCACCGCCGAUGGGCAGUCUGGAGAAGCGGCCGACCAGCAGCAGUGGCAGCGGUGCGGGCGCGAACAGCACUACCAGCGCCAACAGCAGCAGCGGCCGUUACAUCAUACCGAAGUUCUACGAGAUUGAAACGCUUCCCCCGCUAAAGGAUGCGGACCCGUCCGAGCGGGAGGAACUGUUCAUCCAGAAGCUUCACCAGUGCUGCGUGCUGUUCGACUUCUCCGAGCCCCUGAACGAUCUGAAGUACAAGGAGAUCAAGCGGUGCGCGCUGCAGGAGAUAGUCGAGCAUCUGAACAACCAGAGCAACGUGAUUACGGAGGCGAUCUAUCCGGAAGCGUUCCAUAUGGUGGCGAUCAAUCUGUUCCGCACGCUCCCGCCCUCGUCCAACCCGAACGGGGCCGAAUUCGAUCCGGAAGAGGACGAACCGACGCUCGAGGUGUCGUGGCCGCAUCUGCAGUUCGUGUACGAGCUGUUUCUGCGAUUUCUCGAGUCACCCGACUUCCAGCCGAACGUGGCGAAACGGUAUAUCGAUCACUGCUUCAUACUGAAUCUGCUCGAGCUGUUCGAUUCGGAGGAUCCUCGCGAGCGAGAUUUCCUCAAGACGGUGCUGCACCGAGUGUAUGGCAAGUUUCUCGGGCUGCGUGCCUUCAUCCGCAAGCAGAUCAACAACAUCUUCUACAAGUUCAUCUACGAGACGGAGCACCACAACGGGAUUGCCGAGCUACUCGAAAUCCUGGGCAGUAUUAUAAACGGGUUUGCCUUACCGUUGAAGGAGGAGCACAAGCAGUUCCUGCUAAAGGUGCUGCUGCCGCUGCACAAGGUGAAAAGUCUCUCCGUCUACCAUCCGCAGCUCGCCUACUGUGUGGUGCAGUUCCUCGAGAAGGACGCCAGUCUGACGCAGCCCGUAAUCAAGUGUUUGUUAAAAUUUUGGCCAAAAACCCACAGCCCGAAGGAGGUGAUGUUUCUGAACGAGUUCGAAGAAAUACUGGACGUGAUCGAGCCGGCCGAGUUUCAGAAGGUGAUGGAACCACUGUUCCGCCAGAUCGCCAAAUGCGUUUCCAGCCCACACUUUCAGGUGGCCGAGCGGGCCCUCUACUACUGGAACAAUGACUACAUCAUGUCGCUAAUAUCGGAAAAUUCCAAAGUCAUCAUGCCGAUCAUGUUUCCGGCACUGUACAGCAACAGCAAAUCGCACUGGAACAAAACGAUCCACGGGCUUAUCUACAACGCGAGCAAGUUGUUCAUGGAGAUGAAUCAGCUGCUGUUUGACGAGUGCCACCGGAAGUACCAGGCGGAGCAGGAAAUGGAACAGGAAAACCUGGCGCAGCGGGAAACGCUCUGGCAGCAGAUGGAGGAUCUGGCCGUCCGCAACAGUAAGUUAACGCUGCACGAUGAGCCGAGCAGUAUGGGGGAACCGGGCAACAGCCGAUCGACCGGCAGCAGUAACUUUAGCCACAGCCAGCAGCAACAACACCGUCAAAUGAACGGGAUGGCAGACGGUCGGACGACAUCGUCCGGUGCAACGGGACCAUCGUCUGCCGUGUACGAUCGGCGUUCGAUGCAACACAGUAGCACCUAAGCUGGCAUGCCACCAAGUGGCCUCCCUAAAACAACACACGCACAGACACACACACACACAUACAUAAACGUAUAGAGAUAAAUACACAAGAGCAUCCUGAACUUCCAUUUCUUGCGCGAGCUCACAAAACAGGAUCUGACGUCCCUAAGCCCGUCGUUGCUUAAUAUACUUUCUUGCAUACUUGCAGGAAAGCGAAUACUAACCUUUAAAAUAAUGAAAAAAACCGUGUUUGAAGAAACAAAACUAAUCUACAAAGAGAAGAAAAGGAUAGAUGAAAGCUAAACAUUGCGUAACGUUGGAUUCGAAUUUUUCAUACUUAAUAACACGAAAUCGGUCUUCUUUGUUAACCUUCGGCUGGGAAAUAUUGUUCGGAAUUGUACAUACAGCUUAUCGCAAGACGGUCAUCCUUCUGGUUUGCUUCACGAUUUGACUCCUUGGUUAGGGAUUGUGAGGGCCGAAGGAAGCGAAACUGUUCCGACCGAUCACGAUCAGAAGGUUAUUGGUGAUGUGCGCACACAUUCUCAAAGGAUGGUGAAUAAAUGAUGUAAGAAAGUUUUGCCGCAGAUUAAAGUAGAUUCGCUGUGGAUGUUACUAGCAUAUCGCGUGUUUUUUCUGUUUUUUUUUCGUAAGAAUCAAUUGUUAUUAGUUGUUACGAUGCAUAAGCACCGUGUCUGAUCACCGCUUACCCUACCCUCUCUCUCAUCUGUAAACUAACACGAAUUCCUUCAACCAAACCAAAAUGCAAUGCGCUAAGCUAAUUCGUUUGAUAUUAAUAGAGACACGUACCUUAGGACACGCGUGCACAUUUGUACGAGUGUGGUGAAGGGCCCCCGAUGGUUUUUUUGUCUGUCCCCAUAUUUAACGGUGGUAUUAUUUUAGUAAAACAGCAAAGAUUACAUAUUAAGGCACCGUACAAUGCGGAAAAUCGGCCAGCGAAAAGAUGAUCGACAGAUGGAUCCGAAUUUCAGCCCCACCUUGAUAUGGCAUGUAGUGUCGAGAAUACAUGUAAAGCUUUAUUGGCAAAGGGUUUGUUAGAAGGACAGUUAGCGCGUGGCUUCAUAUUCGCGUAUUAGAUUCCUGGAAAAAAAACGUCCCCUUAGUCUUGUGGAAUGACGGUAUUAGGUGGUAUGAAUCGUUGGCCGAACGGUGUAUUUAUAUUUUAUCGAACAACUCUCGGAUGUGCAUAAAUAUGUAUAUUUUUGUGUAGGUUUAUUUUUACCCUCUUUUUCCUAUAGAUCGCUCUUCCUCAUUCAUUAACUCUCUCUCUCUUCUCUCUCUCUCUCUAUCUCCUUCUCUUGCUCUAUCACUAUCUGUCCCUUCCGGUAUUGGUUUACCAUUUCCCUACCCAACUCCACCACGUGUCGUUUGCAUCUUCUUUGUCGUCUAGGUUUUGGGUUGAUGCCAGGGCGCAAGUGAGCUUGCGUGUGGCCAGUCAACUCGAAGACGACAAAUGGGGAGAAAAAAAAGAUGGUUACUUAUGAGAAUAAGCAGCGAAAAUGGUUACAAUAAUAGUGAACGGUGCAAUGAAGAGAGGCGCCCACGUUGUUCACAAACAGCAAGUUAGGGAUAUUAAAUAACGUACACACUAUACACACAAUUACGCAGAUAGAAGAGAUACACGCAAGUACACUAAUUCCAGUAGAUGCAUAAGAGCAGGGUAGCUUAAAUAUAUACACACAUACGUACACACACACAUAGUACACGAAUGGACAAACAGGACUUUUUACCUGAAUGAUAAAAUAAGGAACUGAAAUGCAUUCAUACCACACGCCAACAUAUACGGGAAGGAAGACUAGAUGAUGGGGGCGGGAGAUGCUGAAGAUUGGUGACAAACAUGUCACGCAUGUCGAAUUAAGGAAGCAUACAUAAAAGCAGGGCUUAAUAUAGAAGAGAACGAGUGUGUGUGGAGUAGUAACAGAAGAGAGAAAAAAUCAAAGUUUGUGCGAAGGCAAAUAAAGAUGUAAAACGAUUCGGG